AUGUACCUCCAUAUAAAGCUCCUGCUGCUUAGCAGUUCAUUUAUUUCUUUACUGUGGAACGAAGACCUAAAAUUCUUCUUCUUCUUCUUCUUCUUCUUCUUCUAUGCUCUUUGUCCCUUCAAUUCUUCUUCUUCUUCUUCUUCUUCUUCGCCCCUUGUCCAUUCAAUUCUUCUUCUUCUUCUUCAUGCUUUGUCCCUUCAAUUCUUCUUCUUCUUCUUCUAUGCUCCUUGUCCCUUCAAUUCUUCUUCUUCUUCUUCUAUGCUCCUUGUCCCUUCAAUUCUUCUUCUUCUUCUUCUUCUUCUUCUUCGCCCCUUGUCCAUUCAAUUCUUCUUCUUCUUCUUCUUCGCCCCUUGUCCAUUCAAUUCUUCUUCUUCUUCUUCUUCGCCCCUUGUCCAUUCAAUUCUUCUUCUUCUUCUUCUUCUUCUUCUUCUAUGCUCUUUGUCCUUUCAAUUCUUCUUCUUCUUCUAUGCUCUUUGUCCCUUCAAUUCUUCUUCUUCUUCUUCGCCCUUGUCCAUUCAAUUCUUCUUCUUCUUCUUCUUCGCCCUUGUCCAUUCAAUUCUUCUUCUUCUUCUUCUUCUUCGCCCCCUUGUCCAUUCAAUUCUUCUUCUUCUUCUUCGCCCCUUGUCCAUUCAAUUCUUCUUCUUCUUCGCCCCUUGUCCAUUCAAUUCUUCUUCUUCUUCUUCUUCUUCGCCCCUUGUCCAUUCAAUUCUUCUUCUUCUUCUUCGCCCCUUGUCCAUUCAAUUCUUCUUCUUCUUCUUCUUCUUCGCCCCUUGUCCAUUCAAUUCUUCUUCUUCUUCUUCUUCGCCCCUUGUCCAUUCAAUUCUUCUUCUUCUUCUUCUUCUUCUUCUUCUUCUUCUAUGCUCUUUGUCCUUUCAAUUCUUCUUCUUCUUCUAUGCUCUUUGUCCCUUCAAUUCUUCUUCUUCUUCUUCUAUGCUCUUUGUCCCUUCAAUUCUUCUUCUUCUUCUUCUUCCCCUUGUCCAUUCAAUUCUUCUUCUUCUUCUUCUUCUAUGCUCUUUGUCCUUCAAUUCUUCUUCUUCUUCUUCUUCUUCUUCUUCUUCGCCCCUUGUCCAUUCAAUUCUUCUUCUUCUUCUUCUUCUUCUUCUUCGCCCCUUGUCCAUUCAAUUCUUCUUCUUCUUCUUCUUUUUCUUCGCCCCUUGUCCAUUCAAUUCUUCUUCUUCUUCUUCGCCCCUUGUCCAUUCAAUUCUUCUUCUUCUUCUUCUUCUUCUAUGCUCUUUGUCCUUUCAAUUCUUCUUCUUCUUCUAUGCUCUUUGUCCCUUCAAUUCUUCUUCUUCUUCUUCUUCUUCGCCCCUUGUCCAUUCAAUUCUUCUUCUUCUUCUUCUUCUUCUAUGCUCUUUGUCCCUUCAAUUCUUCUUCUUCUUCGCCCCUUGUCCAUUCAAUUCUUCUUCUUCUUCAUCUUCCAUGCUCUUUGUCCCUUCAAUUCUUCUUCUUCUUCUUCUUCGCCCCUUGUCCAUUCAAUUCUUCUUCUUCUUCUUCUUCUUCUAUGCUCUUUGUCCCUUCAAUUCUUCUUCUUCUUCUUCUUCUUCGCCCCUUGUCCAUUCAAUUCUUCUUCUUCUUCGCCCCUUGUCCAUUCAAUUCUUCUUCUUCUUCUUCUAUGCUCCUUGUCCCUUCAGUUCUUCUUCUUCUUCUUCUUCGCCCCUUGUCCAUUCAAUUCUUCUUCUUCUUCGCCCCUUGUCCAUUCAAUUCUUCUUCUUCUUCUUCGCCCCUUGUCCAUUCAAUUCUUCUUCUUCUUCUUCUUCGCCCCUUGUCCAUUCAAUUCUUCUUCUUCUUCUUCUUCUUCUUCUUCGCCCUUGUCCAUUCAAUUCUUCUUCUUCUUCUUCUUCUUCUAUGCUCUUUUCUCCCUUCAAUUCUUCUUCUUCUUCUUCUUCGCCCCUUGUCCAUUCAAUUCUUCUUCUUCUUCCCCUUGUCCUUCAAUUCUUCUUCUUCUAUCUUCUUCGCCCCUUGUCCAUUCAAUUCUUCUUCUUCUUCUUCUUCUUCUAUGCUCUUUGUCCCUUCAAUUCUUCUUCUUCUUCUUCUUCGCCCCUUGUCCAUUCAAUUCUUCUUCUUCUUGCCCCUUUCCCUUCAAUUCUUCUUCUUCUUCUUCUAUGCUCCUUGUCCCUUCAGUUCUUCUUCUUCUUCUUCUUCGCCCCUUGUCCAUUCAAUUCUUCUUCUUCUUCGCCCUUGUCCAUUCAAUUCUUCUUCUUCUUCUUCGCCCUUGUCCAUUCAAUUCUUCUUCUUCUUCCCCUUGUCCAUUCAAUUCUUCUUCUUCUUCUUCUGCUUCUUCUUCGCCCUUGUCCAUUCAAUUCUUCUUCUUCUGCUUCUUCUUCUAUGCUCUUUGUCCCUUCAAUUCUUCUUCUUCUUCUUCGCCCUUGUCCAUUCAAUUCUUCUUCUUCUUCUAUGCUCUUUUGUCCCUUCAAUUCUUCUUCUUCUUCUAAGCUCCUUUGUCCUUCAAUUCUUCUUCUUCUUCUUCGCCCCUUGUCCAUUCAAUUCUUCUUCUUCUUCUUCUUCUUCUAUUCCCUUUGUCCCUUCAAUUCUUCUUCUUCUUCUUCUAUGCUCCUUGUCCCUUCAAUUCUUCUUCUUCUUCGCCCUUGUCCAUUCAAUUCUUCUUCUUCUUCUUCUUCUUCUUCUUCGCCCCUUGUCCAUUCAAUUCUUCUUCUUCUUCUAUGCUCUUUGUCCCUUCAAUUCUUCUUCUUCUUCUAUGCUCCUUGUCCCUUCAAUUCUUCUUCUUCUUCUUCUUCUUCUUCUUCGCCCCUUGUCCAUUCAAUUCUUCUUCUUCUUCUUCUUCUAUGCUCUUUGUCCCUUCAAUUCUUCUUCUUCUUCUUCGCCCCUUGUCCAUUCAAUUCUUCUUCUUCUUCUUCUUCUUCUAUGCUCUUUGUCCAUUCAUUCUUCUUCUUCUUCUUCUUCUAUUCCUUGUCCCUUCAAUUCUUAUUCUUCUUCUUCUUCGCCCUUGUCCAUUCAAUUUUCUUCUUCUUCUUCUUCUUCUAUGCCCUUUGUCCCUUCAAUUCUUCUUCUUCUUCUUCUAUGCUCCUUGUCCCUUCAAUUCUUCUUCUUCUUCGCCCCUUGUCCAUUCAAUUCUUCUUCUUCUUCUUCGCCCCUUGUCCAUUCAAUUCUUCUUCUUCUUCUUCUUCUUCGCCCCUUGUCCAUUCAAUUCUUCUUCUUCUUCUAUGCUCCUUGUCCCUUCAAUUCUUCUUCUUCUUCUUCUUCGCCCCUUGUCCAUUCAAUUCUUCUUCUUCUUCUUCUUCUAUGCUCUUUGUCCCUUCAAUUCUUCUUCUUCUUCUUCUUCUUCUUCUUCUAUGCUCUUUGUCCCUUCAAUUCUUCUUCUUCUUCUUCUUCUUCUAUGCUCUUUGUCCCUUCAGUUCUUCACUUCUUAUCCUUUGA